AUGCCGCACUCUCGCUCUAUCGCGCUGCCGCGUUCUCGCUCUAGCGCUCUCCUGCACCCUCUCUCCCUCGCUCUGCCGCACUCUCUCUCUCGCUCUGCCGCACUCUCUCUCUCGCUCUGCCACACUCUCUCUCUCUCGCUCUGCCGCACACUCUCUCCCUAUCGCUCUGCCGCACUCUCGCUCUUUCGCUCUGCCGCCGCUCUCCUACACCCUCUCUCCCUCGCUCUGCCGCACUCUCUCUCUCGCUCUGCCGCACUCUCUCUCUUGCUCUGCCACACUCUCUCUCUCGCUCUGCCUCACACUCUCUCCCUAUCGCUCUGCCGCACUCUCGCUCUUUCGCUCUGCCGCGUUCGCGCUCUAUCUCUCUGCCGCAUUCUCUCUCUCGCUCUGCCGCAUUCUCUCUCUCGCUCUGCCGCAUUCUCUCUCUCGCUCUGCCGCAUUCUCUCUCUCGCUCUUCCGCAUUCUCUCUCUCUCGCUCUGCCGCAUUCUCUCUUUAGCUCUGCCGCAUUCUCUCUCUAG